AUGGCAGCCGAGCCCCUCUCUCCGAUGGACUUCAUUGCCCCUGCGCGCAUCAAAGCGCAGCUUCUCCCCGUCGGCCGUAUCAAGCGUUCGCGCUUCUUAGCAUUUGUCGACCUCCUGCGGCAGCAUUCUCUUGUCCGACUUGGAGAUGUUAGCCCCGAUCCUCGGCCAGACAGGAAUAUGUUCUCUCCUUUAGCAUUUCCCAAUGGAACACUUCUGUAUGAUCUGUCAACAUCACUGCCUUCAGCAUCACAGCUGUCCUUGUCACCCCUUGAACAAUUCCGGGAGCCACUUCUGGUGAUCGGAAUCGCAGAUGCGACUGAAUAUCCAUGGCUGGACGGGCCACAUGCCGAUGGAGACGACUCACCUGUCCAGCCCGCAGCCGACGACGAGAAUGCACAGGAUCUAUCCUCGGCAGCUGAGAUCCUCAAAGAGAAUUUUCCAAAGGCUUAUCAUCACAGCAUUAUGUUGUUUGAAUCCACAUCUCAAUCUCGGCAUCCGCGCUUGCCCCAAGAGACGCUUGUAGUGCCACCAAUGGCGCAGCUUAAAACCACCACUUUAAAGACUAUCAUGUGCGAUCUGACUUCAACGCUGUUGGCAGAGUUGACGACGCUUGCUAGAUCAAUGCAAGCUCUGCCGACAAUUGCAUCGCCCGCGUCACAUAGCGGAUCGGCAGAUAACGCUCCUAGCUGGGCCAGUCCAGACUCUGGCACUUCUCCAUUUCCGAGGCGAAACUCGCAAGUUCCCACAGGCAGCAGACCUGAGUCACCCAUCUCUGGUGCACAGUCAAAAGACGUGCAUCGCAUGUCUAUGCCCGUGCUACCAUCAUCAUCCGGGGGCCCGUUGUCGACAGACGAUCUAAGAACUGGUUCGCCAUCCACGCAAGGAACUCAUACACCUCCGACGACCUUUGAUGAAAUACCAGGCGUAAACGCCCCAAACUCCCCACCUUCUAAUAGCACAACGUCUGCCAAGCUUGCCAAAGAUGCCAGCUCUGACCGCGUUUCUAUCCAAGGCUUCGGGUCUGGUGGUGUUGGAGAGCGUGCGCGCAAUAAGGGACGCGGACGAGUGAGCAUCGUAAUUGGCUCUCUGUACAUGUGUGCGGGGCACUGGCAUGAGGCUAUGAGGGAGUUGACCGACGGUGCUACCAGAGCUCGAGCUUACAGUGAUCACCUGUGGCAAGCGAAAGCUCUGGAGAACAUCAUGGUGUGCCUCUUGCUAUUUGCAUGGUCGGGCAUGGAUUUUCAAAUACCUCACAUUUGCUUCCCCAUAUACGACAAAUCAUCUUCGUCUAAAUCGCCCGACCACACGCCAUCGAACAGCGUGUCUGAAAUGUCUGCACCGAGAAGACCUUCUAGUCACGAGGUGGCUCUCGAGAGCCUCAAUCAUCUACUCCCAGACUUGGUAAACAUGAUCUUGAACAUGUACAGUCGAGCGGCGAACUUUGCAGGCGAAGCUAUGCCGCCACUAGCGCUCUCAGAAUGUGUCAUCAGAUUCUCUAAGCUUCUAGCCGCUAUGAACCUCUCUGCAGGGUACCUUGAUUAUGAUGCUCUUCAACACUUGGUUCGAAAUACCCCGUUCGUGCAGAAGCCAAGGCUCUCGGUCCCGAGAUUGAGUGUUCAUCCCACACGGAACGAUAUUGCAACGAUGCUAUUCAGAGCGCUGCCGGGCCCUGUAGAGGCAUCAGGAAUGAACCCAACAGACCGUGUAUUAGUACUUGCUGGCGUUGCAUCUGUGCUGUCUUCCUUGGGCUUGCAGCGGAAGAAAGCUAUUGUGAUAAAGGAGUUCAUUACAUCACUUAUACCGGGCUUGGUCCAAGCUCGGAAGAUCGGCGCAGCAGAGAUGGGCGUCCAUCCUGCUGCUGGACUUACUGCACUCAACAUGUUGAGUGGGCACCCAUCUGGUGCUGGUGCCUUGAAUUUUGGAGAGGCCGAGGCGGAGAAUGGCAUCGACGAGUUCCUUGGCCUGUUGGGGCGGAUAUACGGGAUACCCAACUCGAAAGGUUCCUAUUUCGACGCUCCAGCUUCAGAAAUAUUGGACUCUUCCCACGAUGCGACUAGUCAACGGCUGAUUGAUCAUAUUUUGAAGAUAUCAACGCUGAAAUCAUUUGGGAGUCUGAGCUUGAAGCUGGAGGUUCUGCGAAUGUGUUUGAACUUUUGCGAAGCUUUGCCGGACUUCAGCGGGGUACUUCACUUUACUGCGUUGCUGCUUCGUGUUGCAGGACCGGGAACAGCUCCAAGGCCAAACAGCACUGAUGUGUUCGUCUCGCUGCCACGAGAGGAGCAAGUCAGGUUGUUCUCAAACAUAUCUCGCACUGUUGCAGCGGCGAACAAACUUGGCUUGCAACAUAUGGAGACUGAAUACUGGGAUGACUUCUUGCUUCGCGGGCUUUUCAUUUUGGAGGAGCCCGUGCCUUUACGUUUAACACAGCAUCGCUCUGCGGAGCUACAGCUGGCGACGUCCGGCAAAGAGGGCCCGUUCAUCCACAACCCAUGGUUGAAGAAGCCACAGACCGGCGCAUCAGAGACCAUCCUCGUCGCCAACGAAGAUUACCGCUUUGUUCUAGCCUUGCAGAAUCCGUACGACUUCGAGCUUGAGGUGCAGUCGUUGAGAAUUGCUGCGGAUGGUCUUGAAUUCGUUGGCAAGGAAGAACACUUCCUCCUAGGUCCUUACCGGACUCAGAAGUUCCAGAUCACCGGCAAGGCGCUUUCUUCAGGAUCGAUGAAGGUCAUCGGAUGCUACAUCAAAGUCAUUGGGUGCCGAGAGCGUUUGUUCCCUAUCUUCUCGAAGCCUUGGAGGCCGACACGAGAAUCGAAGAUGAAGAGAAUAGGUCUCAAAGCAUGUCUGGGAGCCCCAGCUUCUCGACCUUCGACCGCAGUCGACCCUGCGGUUGCAAGAAAAGCACUUUCUGCGCCGCAACCGGAAACGUUGACCUUCAAUGUCAUCCCUGACCAGCCUAUUGUUGUAGUCUCCAAGGUAUCGUUACCUCAGUCAGCACUCAUGGUGCUUGAAGGAGAGCGCAAACAAUUUACUGUGACGGUCAGGAACACCUCGAAGACCACGGCAGUUGAUUUUGUUCACGUAACCUUCCAGGACUCGGCAACAACGGCGAUGCAGGCGGGUAUUACAGAAAAAGGACUUCCCGUUGCCGAACUGCACGAGCUGGAGGUGCAACUAGCACAUUUCCCAUCUUUGCGCUGGUGCAAGAAUGACGAGGAGGAGUCGUUCAAUAUCGCACCCGGUGCAGAAGCGAGCUUCACCAUUGAAGUCGUCGGUCGUACUCACCUCACCAACGCUACCAUUCAAAUCAACUACGCUCAUCUAGGCAAGCGAAGAUCCGAGGUACAAGAUCGUUUCUUCACUCGACAUCUGUCCGUACCCAUAUCGAUCACAGUCAACGCGAGUGUUCAGCUUCAGCGCCCUGAUAUCGUAGCGCUAUCUGACGAUUUUGCUUGGUUCAGCCGGAACAAACAGCCGGGUAAUUCUACGGCGACGGCAACGUCUGCCUUGCUAGACAGAAACAGCAGCCACUUCCAGACCUUCUUCCAGCACAUGCGCACCCUCGGCCACGACGACGAGUAUUGCCUACUCCUACUUGACCUCCGCAACUCCUGGCCCAACCCGCUUUCCAUCACUCUUGAGGUCCGGCCGCCAUCAACACCAAACAACGGCGAUGACCAGGAUGAUGACCAGGAUGAUGACUGGAGUAACGCCUACACCGUCACCGAAGUCAUCCAACCCGGCCACGUACAUCGCUGUGUCGUUGUCCUUCCACGCGUCUACCUCCCGGACCCCCACGCUGCCGUCCCAUCACUAAACCCAGCCAACCAGCGCCAAUUCGUCGUCAGUACCAGCAAGAUCUCGCCCGAAACCGAGCGCGCAAGCAGAGAAGCGUUUUGGUACCGCAAAGCACUAUUGAAAUUCGUGCGCGGGAGCUGGGCAGAAGAAGGCAGCGGCCGCCAUGGCUCCAUCGAGCUGCGCAGCAUCCGCUUCUCAGCGCGCAUGGUCGAGGCCAUCAGACUCGACGAUAUAGCAGUGGAUAUGAACAUUGCUUUGUCCGAUCCGCACGAAGACAACGCAGCGGUGAAGCAGCUAGGUGCCGCACGCUUCCAUGCCCCCGUCGACACUUUCCUGACGCUAAAAACGCGCGUGCAAAACCGCAGUCCGCGCCCCAUCUCGCCGCUGCUGAGACUGCAACCCUACCUCGCCGGCCUGCCGCACAACCUCGCGCUAGAACUGGACAAGCGACUCUCGUGGUCCGGCGUGCUGCAGGCCAAGCUCGCCGUCAUACAACCCGGCGAGGCUGUCGAGUCGGAGCUGGGCGUUGUCGCGCUGUGCAGCGGGACAUUUGAGUUUGGCGCUACGAUUGACGAGGCGGAGAUUCUCAAGGGAGAGAGCAGAGAUGUGGCGAGGCCAAGGAGCAGUACGCAGACACUACUGCAGGGUGGCGAUGUACUCGGCGAGCCAAAGUUGAGAUCGUGGCAUGCGCGGGAACCAUGUAUCAUAGUUGCAAAGAGGGUGGUUGAAGAGUAG